CACGUACGCAAACUGGUGGUGCAUGGCCGUCCAAGGUCAAGGGUCGAGGCAGGUAGAAAAGAAGUGGCAGAGGCAUUUCACAUGGCGACGCUUUAUGGCCAGGGCUGCCUGCCUGCUUAGGGCUCCUUAUUUGGUCUGCCCAACGUCUCCAUCUGCUCCUGUUGCGCUCCAAACGUGCAGCGGUGUCUGGAGCAGUUUGUUGCUUGUAUCGUUCAGAUCUUUGUUAGGGCGGGGUGGCAGGCGGGGUGAUAGGCGCCAAGCUGUGCAUGCUUGCGAGCUGCUAAGUUUUCACAAGCUACGUCAGCAGUGUGCUGAAUCAGGAGGCGCCCGUACGCUAGCGCCUUACCUGCAAACUCUGGGUUUGCGGACAUAUACAAGCCCGCGUGCGGAUACCAUGAAGACUAGGAAUAGAAGAGUGGGCUCUGUGAGGAAGCAGGAGCUUGAGAAAGUGCUGAGAGGAGUGCUCAGCGCGUAUGCCUCUGGUGCGCUCUCUUCCCAGGGCGAGGAGCCUCUUUCGGACUUACCAGAGGAUAGUCUUAAGUAUGUCACCGAUGAGAUGUGGGAUGCAGGAGUUCUGCAGCCCCUGUGUAAGGAGCAGCUUUCUGGUGAGGAGUCCAGCGUCUUGGCUGAAAGCUCCUUGCAGCUGCACCAGUCUGUUGGCCAGCUACUAGAGGAUCUGAGCUUUGCGGCGGAUGCGGAGCAGGCCUCAAGGAUCUGCAGAGAAGCGGUGGCGCAGUGGCGGGCGCUGUAUAGGCCUCAGGCAUUGGAAACAGCAGCGGGGCAAGCACAGGAGGAGUCUGACGAGGAGGAAGAAGAUACACCGCCUGGCUGCUGCGAAUUGUGCAAGCGCUUCAUGCCGCUGACCUUCCACCAUCUUGUCCCCAAGUCCACACACAAGCUUGUGGUGAAGAGGAAGCUGUUCUCAAAGGAUGAGGUCAACAGCCGAGGCAUCAAUAUCUGUAGGCCUUGCCAUAGCUCCAUCCAUAGACUGAUUGAUCACAAGCAGAUGGCCUAUGAGUUUAACUCCCUAGAUAAACUGCUCGAGCAUGAGGGUGUCCAGAAGUGGAUUGCGUGGGCUGAGAAGCAGAGGACAGUGGCCAAAGAUCAUGCAAUCAAGGGACUUAGGUACCACCGAACAAGAAGGAGUGAAACUAGGUUGCAGCCGUUUCUUGAUUCUUCUAGUAGAGGUCCAGAGGAGGCGGCACUCAAGCCGCCCUUAUUUGGUUGCACGCCAAUCCUACCAUCUUCUUAA